ACUCUAAUCACUUGUUAAAUAUUUCAACAAGAAAUCUGUCUCAAACCCAUUGAAAUCUUAAUCCUUAAUGGAUUAAAUGUUAAAAGUUUUAUUUCAAUGUGAUUUUCCUGAAGGACAGAAACUGGAUUUAGGUUUGAGUGAUCAAGGUGAUUCCAAGGUCGGGCUUAUCACACAGGGGCAGGGUUAUCAGAUUUAUUUUACAAUUGCUUCAGUCAAGAUCUCAUAUUUUCGGUGUAAGAAAACAAAUAAACUGACUUUGUGUCCUGUUUGUGAACAUUAAAGUGUGCUGAACAUGUCAGGAGUGGAAGACAGCGAAUCACCAGAACCCAGUCGACCCCAGUCAGACUGCCAGGAAACAGGUCUCAACAUGAAGGACCUACUUGCACUCCAUAAAAUUAUGAAUAACACUGUGGUUGUCAACGAGGAGCCGGUGAGGAAUGGGGUGAAGAAUAUUGAGCUACGGGACAUAUCCAAGCUCGGUUACACGCCCGUCUACGACAGGGACGACGACAUGGACAAGUACACGGACAAGUACACCCUGGGGAUGCAGAAGGAGAACAUGGGGCUGGUGUCGUCUCCCAGUGAGAGCUUCACAGGGAGCUCAGAGUCUGUGUACAGUCGGGAACAUGUCGCCAUGAAGAAAGGCGUCGGCCUUCUGUCAGGGGUGGCACUAAUUGUUGGAACAAUGAUUGGUUCAGGCAUAUUUAUCUCCCCUAAAGGAGUGUUGGCCAGCAGUGGUUCAGUGGGGGCCAGUCUCAUCAUAUGGACCCUGUGUGGUUUUAUUGCCCUCCUAGGUGCGCUGUCUUAUGCUGAGCUUGGUACGAUGAUCACAAAAUCAGGCGCAGAGUAUGCAUACCUGCAGGAGGCAUUCAGCCCGCUCCAUCGCACCCUGGGACCCAUCCCCUCCUUCCUGUUUGCCUGGACGUCCGUUCUCAUAUUGAAGCCUGCCCUGUUUGGCGUGACUGCCAUGAGCUUUGCAGUGUAUGCUGUGGAGCCGUUCUACGGCAAGUGUGGCCAUGAUGACACCAUAGUGAAGAUCGUAGCCUGUCUCUGUCUAUUUCUGAUAACCUUCAUCAAUGCGUACAGCGUAGAUUUGGCCACAAAAGUCCAGAACCUUUUCACCAUCAUGAAGCUGGUUGCCGUGGCAAUCAUCAUCGCUGGUGGCGUCUACAUGCUCUCGACCGGUAGCACAGAGCACCUGAACACCGGUUUCGAGGACACAACUGACUCAUUUGCCAUGUUUGCCUUGGCCUUCUACGAUGGGCUCUGGGCCUACGAUGGAUGGAAUAACCUGAAUUACAUCACAGAAGAACUGAAAAAUCCCAGCAGGAACCUGCCGUUAGCGAUUAUGAUUGGGAUUCCUCUGGUGACAGUCUGCUACAUCCUGAUGAAUGUCUCCUACUUUACUGUCCUCUCCAAGUACGACCUUCUACUCUCCAAUGCUGUGGCAUCUUCAUGGGGAGAUGUGGUAUUGGGUGGAGCCACCUUAAUCAUCCCCUUAGCGGUUGUGUUGUCGGCAUUUGGGGGAUGCAAUGGUACCUGCUUCACUGGCGGCCGUGUGAUGUAUGUGGCAGCACGAGAGGGCCACCUGCCGGAGGUGUUUUCCUACAUCCAUGUCACACAGCUUACUCCACUCCCCUCACUCAUCGUCUCUGUUAUUCUAGCGUGUGUGUUGGUGUUGGCAGGGGAGAUAUUCGCCCUCAUUGACUUCUUUAGUUUCACGGCCUGGUUCUUCUAUGGUCUCACCAUGGCUUCCCUCAUAGUGCUUCGUGUCACACAGAAAGACAGGCCCCGACCUUACAAGGUGCCCAUCAUUGUGCCAGUGAUCGUGUUGCUGGUGUCAGUGUACCUGGUCGUGGCGCCCAUCAUCCAGGAUCCCAGGAUAGAGUUCCUCUACGCCUUCCUCUUCUCUGUUAGCGGUCUCAUCUUCUAUGUUCCCUUUGUCCUAUAUGGGAAGAAAAUCAAGUAUAUGCAGAACAUCACAUACUUGUUCCAAGUGGUGUUGAUGGUAGCACCAAGCAAGUAUGUACCCACAGAAUGAGACUCGGCCAGGAAAUAGUGCUGUGAAAAGUCAUAGAUGUGUAUGAUGCAGAUAUUAAUUGUUGCAAAAUGCAUUUUCUAGUAAAACACAGUUGUGACAAUGACAUUGAUCUUGUAAGAAUCGGGCAGCUGCCAGCCAUGACUGAAAAACUCAACUUAUUUGUUGAUAUCAGCGGUAAUAACCUUAGCCAGUUGUUCAAAUGCAAUGACAAUCUUGAAAGUACCAGGACAGAAUCUCAGGGUAAUGUCCGACAUGUACAGGAAGAAUGUUCUGAUAUACACAUACAAGUUUGGUAAAUUGCAAGGUAUGUUGACAAGAGUCCUUGUGAUGGUGUUCACGAUGUUGCUCAAUAGCUUGAGCUGUUCCAGACACACCUAGAGAAAUGAGAGUGGGGCUAAGAUUCAAAACAGUCCAGCAAUGUUGCAGAUUUUCUAUUCAUCAUGUUGAAGCCAUUCACUCACCUGGCAUCAGUCCUUGUGAUGGUGUUCACGAUGUUGCUUAAUAGGUUGAGCUGUUCCAGACACACCUAGAGAAAUGAGAGUGGGGCUAAGAUUCAAAACAGUCCAGCAAUGUUGCAGAUUUUCUAUUCAUCAUGUUGAAGCCAUUCACUCACCUGGCAUCACUCUGGGCUUUCACUAUAUAAGGCCACCAUGAAUGAAUAAAGCCGUCUGCUUGUGAUGGUUCCCCUGAUGGGUUUGUUCAGGUUUUGAUUCAUUUGCCCCCUGUAAAGUUGUAUAAAAACAGUAAGAAAAUCAGGCAACAAUAUUUCAGUGUUAACUUAGCUCAGGGGUUCUAAAGUUUUACGUUUCUAGAUUAUUUUACAGUUGUUAAAGGUUUUUUUGCUUGAACUUUUGCAUCAAAAGUAGUAGGAAGUACCUUGAAAUGAAUAAAAUAGAUUUUUAAAAAUUCUAAAGGGUUGUAAGACCCUUUACCUUGUUUCAGGCCCAAAUCCCUCAUACUUGCAGGUCCCCGCUGUUGUUUUUUCCACUAUUGACAAUAUUCAGCUGUUAGAACCCCUAUGAUCUAUUUAUAGCUCUGUAAAUAGCUUUUAUUUAUUUAUUGACUUUGAAUCUGUGCAGAGAUGUUUUGCCUCUCAUGACCAUUGCUAUAUCCCAUCAGUAUCAAUAAUACCAGAGGCAUAGCUGUAAUAUUACAAGCCAAAAAGUAACAAAAUGGGUUUCAUUGCUUCAUAGACUCAUUGUGAUUUCAUCAACUGAUCACAGCUCAUCUCAUUUCUUGUCUGUGAUGUUCGAGUUAGGUGGCAUAGGUUUUCGCGUUAUUGUCUGUAUAUCUGUGUAUCUAUGCAUCAUGAUGUGUCAUUAACAAUGCAAUUGUAAUAUAUGUUUCAUCUUAAUUUUAUCUUUUUCCAUUUUUCAGUUUUACAUAUCAAUUUUUUAUGUCUAUUUUGUUCUGUUUUAAAAUAAUCAUUAAUUAUUCUAUGUUGUUGUACAGUUUUUCCUUCUUUUCAUUUUACUUUUUACUUUUACUACAUGUACUGCCAAAAACAGAAGGUAGAUGUAGAUGUUAUUUAAGCAAGGUUUGACAAUACCACUCGUUUCGUUCAAUUCAUUCAUCUUUUACCAUUUAUCAAAACAGUUCACAUUGUUGUGUGUUUGUAACAUCAAUGUGUGAUUCUCAUUCCUCCCUUGCAUAUAGUUCAACAAUCAGUAUUACACCAGUGAUUCAUUCCCAUAUGUCUUGUUCAUGUACAAGUAUGCGAUUUUUAAUUCGUCAUAUUUUCAAAGAAAGAAGCAGGGUAAUGUUGUGGCAUAGGGGUCUUUAAAAACAUUAACCUUUGCCCCAAUCAAAAAAGGGCUCAAUAUAUUCUCACAUGUUUCCAAAGACAAUAUUCUCAUAUAUAGAAAAUGCCAUAAAUCUGGCCUUAAUUAAUUGUUGAGUUAUGCCUUUUGCUUGGCUGACCAACAAAAAAACAACAAGAGUUAGCAUUCAUUCCAUGGUCCUCUUCUUUAAAAUAUUAAGCACCUACUUGAGGCUGUCCCUCUUCCUCUCGGUCUGAUACAAAUUGUUUUGGAGUUUAAUGUAAAUCAAGCUAUUUGUAUGCAUUACUUGGCUGACAAGAAUGCUAAACAAGAUGGUUAUCAAAGAUCAAUUUCAAGUUUGAUUACUGAACAACUCAAUUUAAAAUGGUAAAUACAUUUUGCAAGAAUGUUUUGUUUGAAGGUUUGAUGCCAAAAUCAUGUUUGAAUGAUACAAACAUUCUGUUACCAGACUGAAAAUGCCAAACUAAAUAAAUAAUCUUUCGUAUUGAUUACGAUGUUGCACGCCAAACAAGACUUAUUUUUCUUCUGAGCUUGUCCUCCACGCAAAUUCCUGUUAAAUCAGAUGUUCAAAUAAAAUGAAAAAAUCCAUAUUGUUUUUCUACCAAAAUGACAAAUGGUUAGUGUAGUGCCAAGUUUGUUGCUUCUUUUAAGGAUUUCUGUUUUUGUUUCUUAAAAUCUGUUUCAUCAAAUGUAUAUUAAAACUUUGAUAUAGCAUGACGAAAGUUAUUUAUGACAUUCACUUAUUGAUUCUACUUCCUUGCAUAUGAUAAUGUUGAAGAACAAUGACAGAUAUAUAAUAAGAUGUAUAAUUAGAAUUUAUUUUGAAAACAUGUAUGCCAAAGAUUGUGUAGUACAUGGUUGUCUGUGAUAAGUUAGAUUUUUUUCUAUACCGGUGUUCUCCUGUCAUAGUAACCAAUAAUACUUUUUUCUUUUUAGAUAUGAUGUUAAUGUACAGAUGUAAGAGUCGCUGGUUACUUGCUUCCUUUGUUGAAUAUUGAUUCUCCUACAUGAGUGAUCUAUUUUGUACGGUAGGUUUAUAUCAGAUUGUGAAAAUACAAUAUUGGCAAAAUGUCAUGAAGACAUAAUACGCACUCUGUUUUCACAAUCUCAAGAUAUUCAUUAGCUUUAAAAUUGUUAUCCCAUUUAAUCCCUUUUUAAUUACUAACGAGAACACAAAAUGAGCAUUAAUUUAGUGUUGUAGAUACUGUAUAAUAGUAUUUAACGGAUAAAUUGUGAGGUUGAGUCAAGUUUGGUGGUAUAUCUUGCUCCCAUGUGUGAGAAAUUUAUGUACAUAGAAGUUCAUCUUGCAUUUAAACUAAACAUGUACCAUGUUCCCACUGCCUAAUGCUUAUUUAUUUGCCAGCACUUGCAAACUGCCACAUAGCCUUAAUAAUUCAAGUAUUACAAGAAUGCGUUUAUUGUUUAUUGUUAUUACUUGCCCAAGUUUGAGAAUGUCGCAAUGUUUAUGACAUAAACCAUCAGGCAUUAUUUGUUUGCUUUACGUAUAUGCUGUUGUUAAAUCAUGACUUCAUCUAGUCUGACAUUCCAAAAAGCGCAUCAAAUGUUUGUUUUUCUUUUGUCUCAGUGUAUAUAAUUAUAUGUACAUAGUAAUUAAGCUUUAAUUUUAAGGGAAUUAAGAAUGAUGCACAAUUAAGGCACUCUCUGAAUACUGUCGAUUUCUAGUUGACCAUCAAGUGUUAGUGCCUUAUGGUGCUGUUCAUUCUUCUACUGCUUCAUGCAGCUCUCAUAUGGUGUUAAUGGAUACAGGAAUAUUUCAUGUCAGGUGCUAUGAAUUAAAUGUGACCAAAACUGUGCUUUACAUGCAAAUGUUGCUUGGUUGAUUUAACGGAUGAAUCUAUGUUCACAGUUGUGUGCUUUUAUCCUGUUAUGUUACAUUAUUAUAAAGCAUGUUAUAGAUUAUAAUAAAUUGAUCAUUACAUUAAAAAA